AUGUUGUUAUUACCAAUAUUCUGCGUUAUCCUGGGCUCGGCCGUCGGUCACAUUGAUAAAGAUGCUCCCCCUCAAUGGAGUCCGGUGUAUACAGUAAAGGGAACGCUAAACAUUCCUUAUGCUGAACUUAAAGAACCUUUCUACACUUGGUUCGACAGCAAUGCGGGCAAGUCCAGAAUUGACUACUAUGGAGGUAUGGUCAAGACGUACCAGCUAUCGGCGGGUGUGUUCAAACCAUACGGUACAUCUAUCAAGAUCGCUCCAGUCACGACGGAGGAAGUCCUCAACCAGGACACAUGUCUGCAAGUCAACGGCAGCAGUGACAACAGCAUCGCUAUCCAAACUGUGCUGCCUGAUAUGACGGACUUCAAGUAUAUUGGUACGGAAACAAUGCAAGACUCGGAGACAGCAAAAUGGCAAUUCGUUCAGGUGAUCGGACAGAAGCUGAACAAGUAUACCAUGUGGGUGAAAUACAAGAAGUCUUUGAAGGAACGCGGCGUCUCCGUACCUAUUCCCGUCAGGUACGAGAUGAAAGGCUACAACUCCCUGCUCGGCUCUCACUACGACCACUACUACAUUGAUUAUGUAGACUAUGAUGUCGAGGACAUUGACCCCAACGUGUUCAUUGUCGACCCCGCGAUGAAAUGCUCCUCGUUCCCCGGUCCGGGCGCCCGCCACUACGCGACAUUCAACCCAAUGAUGGAGUUUGUACACCCAGCUAAGGAUGAACAUGUCAUCAGCGAGUUUGACAGGUUCAAGACGAAGCACGGCAAACAGUAUGCCAGCGAUGUGGAACAUGAGAAGAGGCUGAAUAUCUUCAGACAGAAUCUCAGAUUAAUAUUCUCCCACAACCGCGCCCGUCGUUCGUUCACGAUGGCAGUGAACCACCUCGCGGACCGCACCGACACUGAACUAGCCGCGCUACGGGGCAGGAGAUACUCUGGACCUAAUCAUGGUCUGCUAUUCCCGUACAGCCAGUCUCUAGUGGAGGAGGAGUCGGACAAGUUGCCCAGUGAACACGACUGGAGACUGUUCGGAGCUGUCACACCCGUCAAAGACCAGUCAGUAUGUGGUUCGUGUUGGUCGUUUGGUACUACGGGUGCAGUGGAGGGCGCCUUGUUCCUCAGUAACGGAGGGAAACUCGAGAGACUCUCGCAACAGGCACUCGUCGACUGCUCAUGGGGUUUCGGUAACAACGGCUGCGACGGUGGCGAGGACUUCAGGGCGUAUCAGUGGAUCAUGAAACAUGGCCUUCCUACUGAGGAGUCCUAUGGAGACUAUCUUGGACAGGAUGGUUACUGCCACUUGGACAACGUCAGCAUCGCGACCAAGAUCAAGGGAUGGGUCAACGUCACCAGCAAUGAUGAGAAGGCACUCAGGCUGGCAAUCUUCAAGCACGGGCCGAUCUCCGUGGCCAUUGACGCGGCGCAUAAAUCUUUCAGUUUCUACUCUAACGGCGUCUACUAUGAGCCAGCUUGCCACAAUAAAAUCGACGAGCUAGACCACGCGGUCCUCGCCGUAGGCUACGGCAUCCUCAAAGGUCAGAAAUACUGGUUAGUGAAAAACUCCUGGUCUAACAUGUGGGGUAACGAUGGCUAUGUCCUCAUGUCCACUAAAGACAACAACUGCGGGGUACAGUCCGCCCCCACUUACGUUUUAAUAUAG